GUGAUUGGUCGGCUGAGUGCUGCUGUCUGCUGUCUGUCUGGUCGCUGCUAAAGACGAGAGAUUCACGUUAUUGUCACUUGGACGUCGCAACAAUGUCCGAGGAGCGAUCUGAGAGAUCCGAUGGGAAGGUGGUGAAGAUGGAGAUUGACUACAGUUCAACUGUAGAUCAGCGCCUCCCGGAAUGUGAAAAACUGGCCAAAGAUGGGAAGCUACAGGAAGCCACCGAGAGCUUGUUGUCACUGGAGAAGCAAACCAGAACAGCAUCAGACAUGGUGUCCACAUCCAGAAUCCUCGUGGCUGUGGUCCAGUUGUGUUAUGAAGCGAAGGACUGGGAUGCUCUGAAUGAGAACAUCAUGUUACUCAGCAAAAGGCGGAGUCAGCUCAAACAGGCUGUUGCAAAGAUGGUGCAAGAAUGUUACAAGUAUGUGGAUGCUAUGACGGAUCUGACCAUCAAGCUGAGACUUAUUGACACCCUCCGCACUGUCACUGCAGGCAAGAUCUAUGUAGAAAUUGAGCGUGCCAGGCUCACGAAGACCCUGGCAGGUAUCAAAGAGCAGAGUGGAGAUGUGAAAGAGGCUGCUUCCAUUCUGCAGGAACUGCAGGUGGAGACAUAUGGCUCUAUGGAAAAAAAGGAGAAAGUGGAAUUUAUCUUGGAACAGAUGAGACUUUGCAUCGCUGUUAAGGAUUACAUUCGCACCCAGAUCAUCAGCAAGAAGAUUAACACCAAAUUUUUCCAAGAGGACGGCACAGAGGAGCAGAAGUUGAAGUAUUACAACCUGAUGAUUCAAGUGGACCAGCAUGAGGGCUCCUACCUGUCCAUAUGCAAACACUACAGGGCCAUUUAUGACACCCCCUGCAUCUUGGAGGACAGCAGCAAGUGGCAACAGGCUCUGAAGAGUGUGGUGUUGUACGUGAUCCUCGCUCCUUAUGACAACGAGCAAUCAGACCUCGUGCACAGAAUUAAUGCUGACAAGAAAUUGGAAGAAAUCCCUAAAUACAAGGACCUUUUAAAGCAGUUCACUACGAUGGAGUUGAUGCGCUGGACCUCUCUGGUGGAGGACUAUGGGAAGGAGCUGAGAGAGGGAUCCCCAGACAGCCCUGCAACAGAUGUCUUCUCUUAUUCAGAGGAGGCGGAGAAACGGUGGAAGGAUCUGAAGAACAGGGUGGUGGAGCAUAACAUCAGAAUAAUGGCUAAAUAUUACACCAGAAUCACAAUGAAGAGGAUGGCUGGGCUGCUUGACCUCUCUGUUGAUGAAUCAGAGGAGUUCCUCUCCAGCCUAGUUGUAAACAAGACCAUUUACGCCAAGGUUGACCGACUCGCUGGCAUCAUCAACUUUCAGAGGCCCAAAGACCCCAACGACCUGCUCAACGACUGGUCGCACAAACUCAACUCGCUCAUGUCUCUGGUCAACAAAACCACACAUCUGAUCGCCAAGGAGGAGAUGAUCCACAACUUUCAGUAACAUGACGACAGAAUGCCUGAUUUUAUGUUUUGAAUAAUAUUUUCUCCUGUUUUUUGUGAUGGCUUCAGUUUUUUUUUUGAACAUAUGUUAUAUUGGCACAAUAUCACUGCAGUCUUGUUGCAAUGUUAUCUGAAAAAAAUAUCUGGCCCUUAGUGUUCCUUUUUUUUCUUUCUUUAAUUUUCUCUUUUUUUAUUAUUACUGUCCUGUAAAGCAUUGACAAUAAACUCAUGAACACCUCC